GAAAUCUCCGCUCGGUAUCGAUUCGGCCGAGCCGCGAGCUCCGCGCGUAGUUGUGUGCCCGUCGCUCCAUCGCUGUGCAGUGCCUUGUGACAUUCCAACAGCUGAUUCCUGACCACCAUGGAACAAGCCGAGAGCGCGAAUCCGCAAGUGUGGGUCUUCGGCUACGGCUCCCUCUGCUGGCACCCCGGCUUCGAGUACGAGGAGGCCGUCACGGGCUACAUCAAGGGAUACACUCGCAAGUUCUGGCAGGGCAGUGCCAAUCACCGUGGCACCAGCGAGAAGCCUGGCAGAGUUGCGACCUUGGUGGAUGAAAAAGAGGGUAUAGUUUGGGGGCGGGCCUUCAAACUGACCGGUGACCUGGCGCUUCACUACCUCAACGACCGAGAGUGCAAACUCGGUGGAUACACGACCCUCCAUCUCGACUUCUACCCCAAGCCAGACGCACUCCUAUCGGAUUCAACAGACUCCAUUUCAACAUCAACGUCCACGUCAUCUGCGUCUAGUUCCACGUCAUCAGAAAUCUCCGCGUCAGAUUCUUCGUCAACAGGGUUCAGUUCUGCGACGACGGAGCUUUCGACGUCAAAUUCAACGACAGCACACUCUACGCCUAGUUCAACCGAGGGCUCUGAAACAACAGCGAUCUCUGUAUUAAAUUCCUCAUCGAGUUCGAAGCCGUUCAAAGCACUAGUCUUUAUUGCCACGCCGGCCAACGAUCUGUGGCUCGGCGAGGCACCCCUCAAUGACAUUGCCGACCAUAUCGUCGGCUGCAAAGGCCAAAGCGGUUACAACGUAGAAUACGUUUUGAGGUUGGCACACUUCAUGCACGAGCACAUCCCAGAGGCGAAAGACAACCACCUGUUCACCCUGGAGUACCUGCUCCUGAACAAGAUCGAGGCAGCCAACCUGUGCCUGAACGAGAUGAUGGGCACCAAAGCCACCGCCGGGAGCGCCGGCUCAUCCCGAGGGACCACCGACACCGCCCUCCCGGCGCCGCCUCAGGCUAGCUACCAGUUCUCAGCCCGGGUCCCCUCCAAAAAGCUCCGCUGCCUCAAUAUUUGAGUCUUGGUCUUCCCUGGGGGCUGAACUCCAGGACUCUUCACCGGCUAAAAGCUUCGUAGAAGCUUCAAGCUCCAUGCUGCUUGGCCAACGAGUGCCUUCGGCCUCAUCGCCUCCGCGGAAGUCCAAAGAGCUUUCUUGCGGGUCGAGAAAGUUCUACAUCCAUAUUCGUCUCGUUGCAUUCGUUACAGGGAUCAAUCUUUCAAAAAUCGUCUCCAGCACCACUCGAGAGAUGAAAAACCCGCAUUCAAAUUUUCGGUCAUAGUUGCACCUUUCACAGAAUCGUAUAAUGGUUGAAUUCCAAUAGCGAUCCGUCCAAACUCUAUACCACGAUGAAGUGAUUUGAUUAACAUGGUGAUUGACAGCAUCUGGUGCAUACCGUGGUUCCUUUCUGCCGUGCUAAGAAAAAACGCCGUUCGAACCUUCGUCAGUUGCCAAA